CCACGCGGCCGGAAAUCCCCCUUGCUCCUUCCCAAAGCAACACCGGGACAGGACAGCGCUAAACCCGAAUCGGUGACCGGGAGGCAGCCGCUCAGCCCUUCUCGGCGGGUGCCACCCGGAAAGCAUUCUGAAGAUGGAACCUGCCACGGACAGACACGGGCCAAGGAAGAGGGAAAUCCCCUGGGCGCGGCAAAGAAAGUCUGACAGCACACUUUCUCUCCUUCCCAAGCAUUGACGGUCGCAUUCGAGAUUGGAGGAAAGAGCAAUGAGCCGACCGACGCAGCACGGAUAGAAUCUCGAAACCCUACCAAUCGCCGAGCAAGCGAGUUAACGUUACCGAGUUCCACUCCGUAUGUCCGACGCCGUCCCGAGACCCUCUCCGGCGUACUAAGGGUACCGGGCCUGAGAUCGUGGACUCUUCUUAAGACGUUGGGGCCUUGGGCCUUUCCACGCACCAUGGAAGAGUCUCCAUCCUUCAUGACUCUCCGGACGAGGCGCCCAGCGAAUGACGAGAGCAGCAUGAGCUUAAGCAGCGCCGAUUCUGCCUACGGUUCUGGCACCGAGGGCUCUCCUUUGGCCACACACGACAUCAGCCGGGUGAGCUAUCAUGUCAAGCACAUCGAGAGCUUCGCCCAGGCUCUUCAGGAUUCGGCAAGCAGGGCAUUCCCGAACCGCGGCCGCGCAACCCAGAGGUACUCCAAAGUGCAUGCGCUCAUGCUGCACUGGAAAUCCGAUGACUUGUUUGUGUUGCCCGAGCUUGAGGACCUAGAGAAGUGCUUGCGCGAGCACUACAACUACGAAACCGACAUCUUCUCCAUCCCCUCCGAGAACUCCCAUCUGGAGCUGAUGCUCAAGAUUGGUGAUAUGGUCAAGCAGCAUGAGUCUGAUGACACGCUCUUUGUGGUCUACUACGGCGGUCAUGCCCGGAUAGACGAGUCACGGCAGAGCACGUGGUGUGCCAACCGGCGUCCCGGGUCACCGUGGCUCCAAUGGUCAGCAAUCCAGACACUCCUCGAGAGAUCCAUCUCAGACGUCUUGAUCCUCCUGGACUGCUGCGCUGGAGCCGCAAGCGCCACCUUCCCUACAGGUCAGAGCAUCACCGAAACUAUUUCCGCCUCUAGCUGGGAUGCCAUUGCCCCCGAUCCGGGCAGGUAUUCAUUCACAAAUGCGCUCAUCGAAGUGCUUGAAGAAUGGCGCCAACGCACAUUUUCGGCCGCUAUGCUGCACGCCGAGAUUCUUGCCCGCCUGAAGCACCCUCGGCCCAUCCUGAUCAACGGGAAGCGCUUCGAGGCCCGGUCCACUCCAGUGCACUUCAUGAUGACGUCGAACCACAAGGCACCAAGCAUCGAGAUAUGCCGACUAGUCCCCCGCAGCCAAUUGCCGCCUUCACCCCCGGAGGAGCUCGCCUACUGGAACCGCCCAUCUCUCCCGAGGAUGAUUGAAGGGAGGAAUCCGGUCGAGCAAUACCCCUCCGUUCCCGACUAUCGGAUUCCCACCACGUCCGAACCGAACGAGGACGAACCCCAUGUUCUAAUUUCGUUAGCGCUUGAGGACGACCAGCGGUUGGAUCUGAAUGACUGGGAGACGUGGCUUGCCGCCUUUCCUGCAAUCGCAAAAUACGUCAAGGUUCAAGGCGUUUUUAAGAGUCAUUCCACACUCCUCUUGCUGUCGCUCCCCAUAAUGGUCUGGGAUUUCCUCCCUGAUGAUCCCGCAUGCUCUUUUGUGGCUUUCAUCCGGUCAAACAACCUCCUCCAAGCUCAGAAGUCCAACCCGGAAGCAGUGGACUCGCGCGUCCCUGUUGCCAGCGAAGGUCCGGUUUCAACUUCAGCGCGCGACGAUGCGGAAUCCUGCCUGUCCGGAACUACGUAUCAGCCAACGGAGAGUCUGAACAUUGUGAGACGCGGGACGGCCGGCUCCGGCGUCAAUCGAACUUCUUCGACUGUUUCUGCCCCUUACCGAGACCCGGCAGCAGACUUCAGGCCGUCUCCACAAGUUGAGAGAGCCUCGCGCGAGAGGUCCUCGCAGCCAUCAGUGGGAUCGCGGCUAAGGCUUCAAUCCUCAAUGGCCAGUCUUGAGGGGUCUUUGAGAAACGUGCCCUCUACAACUUCGCUAAGCACGCUCGAACGUCGCCAACUUGGCCCACUGUCUCUGUCAGGGGGUAUCGGCAAUGAUUUUGCAUCUCCCACUGAAGGAAUAUCAAGGAGGAUGAUUCUCAAUCGAUCCCGCACCUCGAAGAAGUCCGUCUUUUUAUCAGGCCAGGACGUCCCACGGGGCCAGGAGAUGGCUCCACAUGUCAUUCGGCGCCUGGAAGAUUACUUCCACAAGGAUUCGGAUCCAAGCGUUGCUGUAGUUGAGCAUCUUGCUUCGAACCUUGGCGUCGAGACAUCAGACAUCCAUGUCUGGUUUCACCAUCGUCGAGAGCAAGAGCGGAUGACAUUCAACCUGCGGAACCUCAGGAUAGAAAGCCACCAACCCCCGGCCGAGCGUGGGACUCGCAUGAUUCUUCCGGGGCAUCUGAACAGACUACUCGAGAUAUAUCCGUCCAAGGGCAUCCUCCUCGUCGACCUGCGGUCAUCGACGGACUUUGAGAGAUCGCACAUCCACGACGCCAUUAACCUGCGCGCGCCUAUGAGCUUCAUCGAGCACACCUCGCUCGAGAUGAUCGAGGACACAUUCAUGGAUGACCAGAGUCGUCGCAGCUUCAGCAAGUGGUCCCAGUGCAAGGCGAUUGUCUUUUACGAUCGGGUCAUAGAAUUCGACUGGGAAUGCCCGGUCGCCGAGGCCUUGUAUUCCAAGUUCAAGCAAAGAGGCUGGCAGGGCCAAGGCUUUAUUCUCAAGGGCCAUUACCGGGAGUUCUCUACGUCGUUCGACAAGCACAUCAGCGGGGCAAAGAUGACCAGCGAAGCCAAGGAAUACCUUGACAGCCUCCGACAGCAGCCAACUCUCACAGAGGAGGAAUCAACGAGGCGAGAAGAAGAAUACCGCGAAUGGCUCAAUGCGUUUACAAUCCAACACCGCGUGCCGACCGUCGACCUCAUCCCUGCCCGGAAGCUUGAGCGGAUACGAGCUGUAGAGCAGCACCAGAAGGAGCUUGAGGUAGAAUUUGAAGCGCGGUUUCCAGCGUUGUAUAAGAAGGCACAAACCAUGCGUCCUUACCUGACCUUUGAGGAAUCGCCAUCGCCGCCUCCCCGGUCACCCCCUCCCCCUUUCCCCAGUGAUUCACGGUCAUCUCAGCGCUUCAAGGACGUUGACUGGGCUGGAGCUGGGAAAGAAGACGACGACGGCGACUUCGAUCUGAAGAAGGGGCCGUUGGUUGGCCCGCUUGCAAGCGGGUUGGAGAAGAUGCUCGAGGCCGGCAAGUUAUCGCGUUCGGCUUCCGGAACUCCUUCCCCCGGCUAUCGUGAAGACUACCCCGAAAAGGCAAGGAAAGACAUGUACGCCGAUGAUUACGAGAAUGACUACGACGAGAUUGAUCCGAAAGGUGAGGGGUUGAGGAAUGACCCUGGCUUUCAGAGGGCUGGGGCUGUGGGCUCUGAGGAGUCUAGGCCCGGGAGUGGGCUGAAAGUUCACGAGAGGGCCGGAGUCGAGGACACGUUGAAGAAAGCGGCGAAGAAGAGGCCGCAGAUCUGGGAGCGAUGGAGAAGCGGUGGGGGCAAAUGAAGUGCAACAUGAUUAUCCGGACGGUGAAGUUCUUGGAUCUUGAAUAAUUUCUGUUGCCGAGGACGGCAUGUGCGAUACCAGAAAGGAGUUUAGGGGGUUCAUUUUCGACGACGCGGAAUUUUCUGUUGGUGCAAUACCCAGCCGUCGCCUUGCAUAUCUAGCGAGCAUAUAUCUUGAAAGUCGAAGCAAUAUUCUGCACAUCCG